GUGUGUGCGCUCCGCGAACGCAGCCUUGUCCCUGGGCUGCGCCUCCGCGCUCUGAGGGGGCGUUCGUGGAACGGAGCUGGCUCCCGAAGCGUUCCCGCUGCCCUCGCGCUGCCGCCGGCUCCAAGCGCUUGGGGCUGGCAGUGGCAGCGCUCGGGUCGGUGCAACCGCGGGUCGGGGCCACUGACGGGCCGCGCUGUGUCCGCGCUGGCUGGGCUAAUGAGAGCUCGCGGCUGUCGGCGCCUCCAGCCCAGCCGUGCGGCCUUCCCCGCUGCCUCGGAGGGCUUUGCUGUCCGCCUUGAGCAGCUCAAGAAGUGCCCCCAAACCAUAGCGAGAAGACUGGGAAAGAAUUUAUUCCUUUUUGCCAAAGCCCAAGUUGCUCCCUUUGAUCCGAGGUCCUUUAUCCCGAGGCUGGCGGCUGCUAGGAGGCCUUGGGAGUUGCUCAUGCAGCACCUGGGACUGCCGGUCUGAGCUGCGGUCAAAGAAAGCCUCUCACCUCUGCAUCAGCACGCCCAGAGCCUCAGCCCUCUUCUUGGAGAGGGUUGAAGUCCUGUUGCUCUUUCCUUCGGGAUCUCGCAAGCCUGGUUUGCCGGCCUGAAUUACAGGGCUUCUUGCCGAAAGAAAAAUUCUGCAAUGUGUUCAAGUCCGACCUCGUUUGCAGUCUUUUCUACUUUUUUUGUAAGGCAAAAACAUCUUGCGUAACAGGAGCAAGAAGGGCAGCCUGUCCUGCAGGGAGGAACUGGAGCCAGCCUUUCCCGCUGUGCAAGUGUUGCCGGCUUGAGGCAGAUCAGAUCUGUAAAUCUGCACUGUGGUUUCAGGAGACAGGACAGUAAAGGUGAGUAAAACUGUGUUUGUCCUGUCCCUGUUGUUACUGUGGUACAGGAAAGGAUGUUUGUUCCCCUCAGCUUGGGCUGGGGAGCUGCUCCCAGCUCAUCCAUGGCUGGGGGAAGCAACCUUUAAAGCUUGGGAGCCCUGGAGUCUGAGAUGCAGAUCCUGGCUGUGCUGCCUCACUCCCUGGCCUGUGUGGGUUCAGUUUGGAUUUGUUGUGUGUGUUUUCUAAUUAUUUCUCAUUCUACAAGGUCUUUCUCCCAUGUUUACUCCUGUCCCCGGAUCUACUGCGUGUAGUGUGUGUUACAGUGCAGCAAUACAGAAUCCUGUCACUGCCUGCUCCCUUGAAAGGUGCCUGAAUGCUUGAACUUCCCAGCUGAAUUAUUUUGUGUCCUCUUCCAGCAGGAGACAAGAUGUCGGCUGCUAGAGGACGGUGAAGAAGAGUGUCUGAAUACUGAUGAAUGAGCUGUGAUGGACAACAAAGACUCAGAAGCUGAGAUCCACCCUCUGAAGACUGAGGAUGUAAAAGCUCAGGAGAAUCAUGAGCACUUUGUGGAGAGAAGGAUUGUCAAGUCCUCAGGGCUGUCCCGGCUGUCCCGGUGGCGCACUGCUGCCUUCUUCAUCUCCCUGUUCCUCUGCCUGAUCAUUGUGUUUGCUUUCUCCUUUAUCAUUCCCUGCCCAGAGAGGCCAGUUUCAGAAAGAACAUGGUUCCAAUACUACAACAAUGCAGUGCCCUACCCGUUCCUUGCUAUAGAAGAUGUGAAUGAAGACAGAGUACAAGAUGUGCUCUUUGCUUUUAAAUCCAGCAACAGCAGCAGCAGCUUCAACAUUUCCUGUCUGGAUCAAGGUCUGCUGUCUCCCUGUGCCUUCAUUGCUGCUGUGUCUGGCACAAAUGGCAGCGUGCUCUGGGAGAGCCCUGCUGCACAGGACGUGCAGUGGCUGCAGUGUGGCAUCCAGCAGCUGGGCAUGGCAGCAGCCCCGGGCUGCCUCGUGAUGGAGAAGUCACUGUCCCUUACUGCACUUGACCUUCAGACAGGGGACUUUCUGUGGAGACAACCCCAUGACUUUGGAGCUAAUUAUACUCUGCUGACUCCUUUGUCAGUGAUUCCAGAUGUGGAUGAAGAUGGAGUUCAGGACCUGAUAAUCUUUAUUGCUAAAGGAGGCCAGGUUAAGAUCUUCAUCCAUUCAGGAAAAACUGGCCAGCAGAUUGGCUCCACUGGCACCCUGAGCAUGGAUGGCAACGCUCGCUACAUCAGGCUGCACCUGCGCUCCUCCUCAUACUUCCUUUUCUACACAGAGAACUCUCUCUAUGCAUAUUCCCUGAAAGAUCUGUGCAGUGCAGCAGUUGGGAUGGAAAUUAAGCUUUCCGACUUCCAGCCAGAUUCUCACUGGGAGAAGCACAUUGACCAUGCCACGCACCGCUUAGAACUUCUAUCCCUUCUCAGGUUUGGAGACAUUCACUACCUGGCAAAAGUUCCUGGGCACUCACGGGACAACAUCUUGGUUGUGAACUCAGAGAUGGCUACACUGAUCAACACAAAAGAUCUCCACACUGUGUGGACCCUCAAUGUGUCCCGUCUUUUGAGUGAGCCACUGCUCGGUUACUACAAACCUGAUGACAGCGGUAUUAUCCUGGAGAGUGAAAUUGGACCCAACAGGAAGAAGAUUAUGAUUGUUGAGAGUGAAUCUGGAGCAGUCCAGUGGGAACUGAAGCUGAACUCGAGAGCAGGGAGCCCUGGCCCAGCCACACUUUCGACUGCGGAUCACCGCUCUGCCUUCCUCAUGUGGGGAGACUACGAGGAGCCAGGCAAUGAGACAAGACACAGAGCUCCUCUCCAGAAGCUGUACCUUUUCCAUCCUUCCUACACUAAUGUCCUGUUGGAGCUCCGCAACAGCACAGACCAAAUCAUUGCGUUCACUGCGGCGCUGUUCGAGCGGAGCCGUCACGCCUGCUAUGUGCUGCUGCGGGGCCCCCAGCCCGGCGAGGGGCCGGGCCCCGUGUCCCUGAUGAAGAGGAAGCUGAAGGAGGAUGUCUCAGUGAGCAGAGUGGUCUGGCUGCGCCACAUGGCUGGGGAUGACGAGCAGCACAUCCGGGACCGCCUGUACAGGAUGCGAUUCCAGAGCCGAGACUGAGCUUGCCGAGGAAUGGGGAGGGGCUGCCUCAGCUCUGCAGCUGUGCUCUCAACAAGCCCAGAGCCUGGAUUCCAAUGAGAAGCUUGAUGUGCAAACCAAAAUGUGGCUGGCAGGGAAGCACCCUCAGUGUCCAGGGACACCCAAGCUGUGGGAGCAGCUGCCAGUGUCCAUCCUCAGAGCUGAUGGGACUUCAGUGCUUGACCACCACUGGAGUGCCAUCAGCUCAGGGGGGAGGGCUUUCCCCUCCAUCCCUGUGUGCCAGCAGAGCUGUGCUGACUCAGGAGUGUGUCUGGAGGAAAACAUGUACGUGCUGAGAUGCCAGAGCUGAUGAUUUCUGGGUGUCUUGAGAAGUGGAGUUGGAUGUCUGAGAAGUGGAGGUCGCUGUGUAGUGGUAGAUUUCCUUUCUGAGUCAGCUCUCCUGUCUGGGAAGCGGUACUUGGCUGCAGGUUGAUUUGGAUUACCCCCUCCUGGAUUUGGGCCCUCCUUCAGUAGUGGUGGAGGGUGUGUGGUGACCCCAGCUAUGGCUGUGGUGUGUCUGGUGUCACUUGGGCCAGCAAAGCACAGGUUAAAGUGUUGUUCUACUUAGCAAAUGGCCUUUUCUCCCAAGAGCAGCCCCACGUGUCCUAUUCUGCAGUCACCAGCCUACCUGUGUCUGUGUCCUCUGCUGCUUCCUUCCCAACCAGGCUGUGCAGUGUUGGUGGAGAGGGAGCUGGUCUCCCACCUGAUGGAUACAUCAAUGUUCCUCCCUUCCCUCAGUCUGCUUUUAGGUGGUGAGAGAUCCACCCUGAGCCCAGUCUGACUGGUUCCUGGAGGUACCACCACCAUGUCUCUGGGUUUAAGGAGCCUGAGGAUCUGGCUUGAGUAGAAUUGCACUUUAACCUUUUCUGGGAACUGGGAUUGCUGCUCUGGGAAGCCCUGUACCCAGUGGCAGUGCCAGCACCCUGCUCAUUCAGCCUUGCAGCUGCUGAAGAGCCUUCUCCAAACACUGUCCCUGCUGCCAGGAGGUGGGCAGGAGCUCCAUGCUGCCUCCCUGCCCUUGGAAUUGAAGUGAUUCUGGAUGAGGAUCCUCGAGCACUAUUCUCUCUGCCCAGCCUGGUAUCCUGAGGGGAUGGGACAGGCUGCUGUGUGAAGAUGACAUGUUUCUCCUGGAGAUUCAUGUAGUACCAUGAGGUAUUUGCUCUGCCCUGUUCUGAUGGGUGCCAGUGCAGGCUGUAGAAACAAGGUGCAGAGCCUUGAAAACACUUUGAACCAGCUGCUCAGUCCUGAAAAUAAGAAUAGACCUAAAAUUAACCUCUCUCAGGCUCUGCAGUGCUGGAGGGGGUUUGGCCAGUGCCUCCCUCCCUUGCUGAGUCUGACACUGGGGGAUGUGUAGAAACACUGUAGGAUGGGAAUGUGCAGCAUCAGGCAUCAGCUCAUCCCUUCAGCCACUGCUGAUCCUGAAUGUUCCACUGGCCAGCUACUGUCACCAGCUCACACCACAGCCCCAGCCCUUCCAGGCUGACAGCACAGGGAGCUGGGCUGCUUGGACACCUCCUUCUCCCAGCUGACCAGUGGCUGCCUAAAGGGUGCUCUACGACCCUCUGCCCCAUGACCCAUAUCCUGGGCAGUCAAGGGAGCCAGUCCUGGAGUGUCCUGGCUGGGCAGGAAGCCAUGGGUGUUCUCUGCAGAGUGAUCCACAACCUUCAAAGCACCCUGGCCUCAAAAUGGUAAGGCUGCCUCUCUGCCUCUCUUCCCAUUUGUUUUCUGAGGGAGUCAAGGAGUGCAGGGAGGCUCCCCAGCUGCGUCUCCCAGCUUGAGUUUCCUCUUUGUUCAGCACCUUGGGCCUGACAGCCCCCCAGGUCCCUGUGCCAGUGUGAGGGCUGGAUUGAGGCUGCCCUUCAGCCAGCUGGUGCAGGGCACAGGGCAGGGGACCCCCAGGCUUGCACUGUAGUCCAGCCCGAGUGUUGGAUGUGGAUUGUUUCCUGCUGAGAUUCCCCUGGCCGGGGGCAAGGUAUCUGGGCUAUAUUCUCACUGCACUCUCCCUCCUCGGAUCCCUACCCAGACCUGACCUUCCCAUAGGCACACUGAAUGUUCCUUGAGGAGAGCUGGAUUUUAGCUCUGGGGAGCUUUUCUGGCUUUAAGUUGUCCAGUUAUGUUUCUGGACAGUUUGGAAACACAGAUUUUUGCCAUGGUAGCUCCAUUAAAUGCAUCAGUGCCAAACCAGCACCUUCUUAACAAAAUCAGUCUGUUUUCCAGCUUAUUUCCUGUGUCAUUGUUUUUCGCAGUAAUGAAUGAUUUUGUGCCUUGAUUCAACAACCCAGCUGGGUGGCAAUGGCUGUAUCACUGUGUUGUGUGUUAGUGUGUUUUUUAACACUGAGACUGUUUGGUUUGGUUCUUUAACUUAUUGCAAAGUGUGCUGUACAGGACUUGCUCUAACCGGAAUGGUUUCAAUAAACUCUCUUUUGCAUUGUUUGUAAA